AUCAAUUUACCCUAGAACAAUUUAUCCAGAAUUCCAGAUGCUCGAAAUGGAAAAAGGGAAAGAGCAGGAAGUCGGAACACUGUUCGUGCCAUAUUGUAUCGGAUUCCGAAUGCACCAAUCGUGAGAAUCUUUUCUAACUGUUAUGUGGGAGCACUGUUCGUUCUGUAAUUGAUGAUAGCAUUCGGGACCAAACCACCCAUCGCCCCCAUCAGCGAUGAUCGUUUAGUAUUUUCUCUUCUCUAAACAAUUCCCAUUCGAGCAGGAAAUCCAUUUUGUUUUUCGUUUUGUAGUUAUCUCAUCUGAGACUGAGAGCGAUGGUAACGAAUAGGCCUUGUGGAGGAGGAGGGAUUGAAUGAGCUGAAAUCCGCCGCAGGUGAUAGCUAUUAACUGAAAUGGCCAAUGCAUUGGCCCCUUCAACCGUAUUCACUUCCCUACCUCAAAGUUGGAAUUCAUGGUCGACCCUAAAGUCCACGGAGGAAUGGACGUUGUCUUAUCUCAAAUCCCCAAGAACACCCCCUCAACUCAGGGCCCUCCAUGCUCACAUCAUCAAAACCGGUCUCACUCGAAACGAUCUCGUCGUUGGGCAGCUCCUAUUGUGCUGCUCCCUUUCAGAUUCCAUGCACUAUGCUCGUCGAAUCUUUGACGCAAUUGAUCAGCCGAAACUCUUCUUCUACAACGCCAUGAUCAAACGACACUCUGAAACCGGAGACCAUGACGAAGCGCUCCGCCUCUACUCCAUGAUGCGUGUCCGUUCCGUCACCUGCGAUUCUUUCACGUUUCCUGUUGUGCUGAGGUCGGUUUCCAGUUUAAGGAUGAUCGGGAUAGGUAAAGAAUUGCACGGCCUUGUUAUUAAAACGGGUUUUGAUUUGAGGGUCAUCGUUCGGACUGCACUCAUCGAUAUGUACUGCGCUUGUGGUUUCUCCAACCACGGGCGCCUGAUAUUUGACAGAAUUAGCGAUAGAGAUAUUAUCUGUUGGAACACAAUGAUUGCCGGCUACGUUAAGUGUGGGGAGUUUACUAGGGCGAGGGAGCUUUUUGAUGCAAUGCCCGUGCGUAAUGUCUCGUCGUGGAAUACUCUUCUCGACAUGUAUAACAAAUGUGAUGAUUUGGAAACCGCCCAAUGCCUGUUUGACGAAAUGCCGGGGAGAGAUAUUAUCUCUUGGAACGCAAUGAUCUCGGGUUACGCAAAGCUUGGUAAAUGUGAGGCCGCGAGGAGACUUUUCGAUGAAAUGCCCAAGAGAAACGUGGUGUCCUGGAAUGUGCUGAUAACUUGUUACGUGCACAGUCGACAGUUCUCGAAAGCGUUGGAGUUGUUUCGAAUGAUGCUGCUGUCAGACAUUAAACCCAACGAAGUCACAGUUGUCGCAAUACUUCCGGCUUGUGCUCAUUUGGGAGCUUUAGAUCAGGGACAAUGGGUGCAUGCUUAUAUAGGUAGGAGCCGAAUCAAGAUGGAUGUUUAUGUAAGAACUGCAUUGAUCGACAUGUACGGUAAAUGUGGGAGUGUGGAGGAUGCAAAGCGGAUUUUCAGUAGUUCGGUAGAGAAGGAUACCUUCUUGUGUAGCACAAUGAUCGAGGUACUGGCUAUGCAUGGAAAGGCGGAGGAAGCAUUUGAGGUUUUCAGCUAUAUGAGAAGCAGGAGGAUCAAGCCUAACAAUGUCACAUUUGUGGGGCUGUUGAAGGCUUGUAGUCAUGUAGGUUUGGUGGACACUGGAAUGAAAUAUUUUGCAUUGAUGAGUGAAGAAUUUGGGUUGACACCGAGAGUGGAACAUUUUGGGUGUGUGGUUGAUCUCUUAGGUCGUGCUGGCCAUUUAGAGGAAGCACAUCAAGUCAUCAAGAACAUGCCCAUGGAGCCACAUCCGGUGGUGUGGGCUACUCUCCUUAGUUCUUGCAGGAUACAUGGAAAUCUCAAAUUAGCAGAAGAAGCAGCACUUCAUCUUUUAGAAUUGGAGCCUCAAAGUUGUGCAAAUUAUGUCCUUCUAUCAAAUAUAUACUCUAAGGCUGGUAAGUGGGACGAAGCUGCAAAGAUGCGAAAGAUAAUGAGACAUAGGGGGGUAACUAAAAAGCCUGGAUGUAGCUCAAUAGAGGUGGAUAGCGUUGUCUAUGAAUUCUUUGCAGGGGAUAGAGCUCAUCCCCGCUGCAAAGAGAUUUAUGACAUGUUGGAUGGUAUGGUUGCAAGACUGAAGAGUGAAGGGUAUGUCCCAAGGACAUCUUCUGCACUGCAUGAUGUGGAUGUCAAUGAAAAGGAGCAAGCACUUGUGCAUCACAGCGAGAAGUUGGCUGUUGCUUUUGGACUUUUAAGCACCGAUCCUGGAACUCCUAUUCGUAUUGUCAAAAAUCUUCGUAUUUGUGAUGACUGCCAUGCCUUUAUGAAGAUGGUCUCUAAGUACUACAAUAGAUUGAUGAUCAUCAGAGAUUGCAAUCGUUUCCACCACUUCGCUGAUGGAUCUUGUUCGUGCUCUGACUAUUGGUGAACAAUAUUCUGCUUUCAAUUUGAUGUGUCAAGAGUCACCAACAAAUCAUGGUUAUUUGUUUUCAA